AUGGAGGCCUUCCUAUCUUCCCUUCCCGAAUGGAACGAUGAUCAACGAUUAAGAGCACUAUACGCCUCCUUCCCAGACAAGACUGUAAACAAGACUGCCUACGAAUCACGAAUGGCAAUAUGGAAACGGAUUCUAAUAUCUUCCAUAUCGAAUCAGUGGUUGUCCGAUUCGAAAUGUUGUUUGCAUCGACGUGAUUUGGAGGCGAAGUUUAAGAGAAAGGGAACUACGCCGUUGGGACUGCAGACUGUUAUCGACGAUAUGGUCGAAUCUGGAUUACUAGUCGAUGUAACGUUAUUCAAGCAAGAUAAAUCAUGGAAUAUGUGGCUACUUGAUGCUUUGGUACAUGCACCCGUGAAUUGGGCCUGGCAACAAAUGUUUGGAAGUCAACAAUCUGCUCAAAACGACAAGGUCUAUGUUCUUGUAUCUGCUGUACAGGACAUUGCUAAUACGUUGUCCGAAUCUAUAUAUAACGGAUCCCAUUCAUCAAUCGACUUGAUCUUCACACUACAGGAUUUGAAGCUACAAUAUGCUACGAAUACUUUAUUGUCUGAUGUAUUGUUGGUAUGCAGGCAGCUGGCAUCUGAAAGCAAGAUCUUGAUACAGCUUGGUGCAGAGGCCGAGUCAUCGAUUAUCAAAUUCAAACCACCAAGAAGCAACCUGACACCGAUAAAUGAGACCGACAAGGGCAUUGUCACCAUUAAGACAACAUUAAGUCAUCUAAACAAGCAGGUGUCUCGAUUAGAUGAACGAUCUGCCCAGUUGAUGGAUCAAACAAAGCAACACAUCAAGAACAAGGAUAGGAUAAGAGCCAAGUUUGUAUUAAAGCAACGUAAAAUGGUUGAGGAUGUGUUGGAGAAACGGUUGGCGUCUUUGGCAACACUUGAGGCCAUAAUAGACAAGUUACAAGCUGCUGAGACUGAUGCUGAGCUCAUUUCCGUAUAUCAAAUCGGAACCAGAACUCUGCAAGAGUUUGUAUCUCAUACGGGACUCACAGUUGCCAAAGUGGACGCUACAAUGGACGCAUUAGAUGACGUCUUAGCGGAUCAACGUGAAGUGGAGGAUGCUAUGAUGACUGGCAAUGCCAUGGUGCAACCUAACAUAUCUGAAGAUGAGUUAGAGCAAGAAUUGGACUCUAUACUUGCUGAACAGGCCAAGCCAGCUGUGCCUGUCGCUGCUGUUAAUGUGGUGACGGAGGGUACACAGAAGGUUGAUGGUAGUGUAAAUGAUGAGCUUUUACGUGAGUUGGACGAGUUAACUGUGCCCACUAUACACGAUAAAACGACAGCAAAGUCAUCACAUAGACAAGAACUUGUACCAUCAUCAUGA